CUCCUCUCCUCCCACUCAUCAACCCACUUCUUCCUCCCUAUAAAGCACUCUCCCAACCUUAUUAUUACUUCCCCUUCCUUCCUCCACCCAAAAAACAAUUAAUUAAAAUCCCUCUUCUCACUCCUCUUCUUCUUCAUCCUUCCCAAAUCUCCAUUCUUGUCCUACUCUCUCUGUGUCUUCCAUCUCUGUCUCCAUCUUCCUGCUCCAAUGGACAAGUUGUCCCUGACCGAAACAUGGCGGCCCGACCCGGCCGCGUCCUUCUUCCGCCCGCCGGAAACCCCGAGAGAACCGAUGGAGUUCCUCUCCCGCUCCUGGAGCCUCUCCGCCUCCGAGGUCUCCAAGGCUCUGGCCCCACCACCGCCUCCCCACCACCACCACCACCAAUUGCUCUUUUCCAAGCCCGCCAACGGAUCCAUUCAGGAGGACAUCACCGCCGAGCUCGACGACGGCGCCGCCGUCUUCUCCGGCAACCCUUUCUCCUUCGCUUCCUCCGAGACUUCUCAGAUGGUCAUGGACCGUAUCUUAUCCCACUCGCAAGAGGUUUCUCCAAGAACUUCCGGCAGGCUCUCGCACAGCAGCGGCCCACUCAACGGUUCACUCACCGACAGCCCGCCCGUUUCUCCGUCGGAGAUGGAGGACCUGAAGAACUGCCGGGCCGGUAACAACAACAACCAUCACCUCCAUUUCACCCUUCCCCAUUUCCGUACGCCCUCCGGAACGCCAGGUGGCGGCGGAGGUGCGAUGAUGGGAGGCCCCGCUGGCGGUGGAGGUAGGACGGUGGGGAGGUGGUUGAAGGAUCGGAAGGAGAAGAAGAAGGAAGAGACGAGGGCACAUAACGCUCAGGUCCACGCUGCGAUCACCGUCGCGGGAGUCGCCGCCGCCGUCGCGGCGAUUGCUGCCGCGACGGCGGCGUCUUCCGGGGCUGGGAAGGACGAGCAGCGCGCGAAAACCGAUAUGGCGGUGGCUUCCGCGGCGACGCUGGUCGCCGCGCAGUGCGUGGAGGCGGCGGAGGCCAUGGGUGCUGAGCGCGAGCAUCUUGCCGCCGUCGUCAGCUCCGCCGUGAACGUUAGGUCGGCCGGGGAUAUCAUGACCUUGACCGCCGCAGCUGCCACGUGUACGUUUUUUCCCCCUUAUGCAGCUCUGCGUGGCGCGGCGACAUUAAAGGCGAGGGCAUUGAAGGAAGUGUGGAACAUUGCGGCGGUGAUCCCGGUGGAGAGAGGGAUCGGAGGCGGUGGUCCGGCGGCUGGUAACGGUAGCAAUGGAAGUUCUAGCGGGGAGCUUGUUCCUGAAGAGAAUUUUCUGGGGAUUUGCAGCAGAGAAUUGUUAGCCAGAGGCUGUGAUCUCCUCAAGCGAACCCGCAAAGGCGAUCUGCACUGGAAGGUUGUAUCUGUCUACAUCAACAGGACGAAUCAGGUUAUGUUGAAGAUGAAGAGCAGACAUGUUGCUGGGACCAUAACCAAAAAGAAAAAGAACAUUGUGUUGGAGGUGAUCAAGGAUGUCCCGGCCUGGCCAGGCCGGCAUUUGCUGGAGGGUGGAGAGAACCGGCGAUACUUUGGGCUGAAGACAGUGCUACGAGGCGAGGUGGAGUUCGAGUGCAUGAGUCAGAAGGAGUACGAUCUCUGGACGCAGGGGGUGUCGAGACUUCUGGCAAUUGCAGCUGAAAAGAGAGGGGUGUCCAGGCAUAGGAUUUGAAGUUCCAGAUUUGGGAGUAUGUUCAUGACACUUCAUAAAGGUGGGCAUCCCUGAAAGUCCUUAAACAUUAGGAGUUCCUUCCAAGUUCCAAUGUAUAGUGUAAAAGAAACUAAGCUAAAGCAGGUGGGUAAGAGUUUGUAUCUCCAGAGUCCAUAUGGUAGAAGGAUUGGAGAUUUGAAGCUGGUGGGAUUUGUUUAUUGGGGUUGGUAGGGAAAGGUAGUUUGAAUGGGAAGACUACUAGGGAAAGAGAGAACAGAAGACCCAUGUGAAAUGCUAAUGAUCCCAAAGUCCUAUGUUACUUUUGUUAACUGAAACUAAAGUGGGAGGAUGAUAUGGGGCUUGUAUGGUCAAAAAGAGUGGGAGAUAAAGACAAGUUUGAUCCUGAGAUUCUCUUUGGGAUUUAGGGGGUGCUUUAGCUUUUGUCUUGCUUACUAAUGUUGUAUUCCAGAAGACAGGAGAUGGGUCCAUCCAGUGUAGAUAUGGGUGUCAAUUGGUAGCAAGCUAGUAGCUGUUGUUGUUGUUAAGGUGGGAGCCAGCAUCAGUUGUUUUUUUUUGCUUUGAUUUGGAACUGCAGUGGAGGAAAUGGGCUUUUGUAGUGGUUUUUGAGUGAUGUUCUCCACUCUUUGUUUCUUAGUGGGUUUUUCUGGGUUUGGUUUCUCGAUUUCACUUGAGUGUUAGUAAGACUGAUGAAUGGGAAAUAUUGGAGAAGCAUCAUGCCACUCGUGUGUUUUAUCAAAAAUAGUUUGUCUACUGAUGCCAAAUCUGUGGGAAUCUUCCUAUUCUUUGCUUGGUUGCUUGUCACUUUAUUAAGCCACUUCUUUUUAAGGGGGUAUUUACCCUCCAGAAGGCGCACUUACUAGAUAGAAUUCCUCAGCAAUCAAAAAAAAUUAUAGGAGUUGGG